UCUCUUUUAGUAAAAUGUAUGAAUAAAAUGAACAUUAUGUACAUACGAAACUCAUCAUGUCACAACUUGCCGCGUGGAAUCAAAGCAGUUCAAAGCACCUCCUCGCAUCACCCGUAUAUUUUACUGUUAAAGCGCCUGGCACAAGACUGACCCCAACGCGUUUGGCUUUUUUCUCAGAUCACAUUUUAAAGACCAAAACGGGAGUUGAAAGGCAUGGUUGGUAGCGGCGAAGUUUGGGCAGGAAAUCUGAACAUUUGUUAAGAAUAAUUCAAUACGUUAUUAAUUACGACACCGAUUAAAAUAAACACGACUCUGCAUCAAAUUUCAAAAGUGAUUUGAUUGGUUCAGGCUAAUUCAUUCCCUGUGUCAUGUUGCGAUACCCUGACGCUACUUAAAUCAGAAUAAUUUGCGUUCGCGCAUCGGACAGAAGGACUCGAAACUCUCAAAGCAGUGAGACACUCAGGCGCGAGAUGAUCACUUACAUUAUGCUAUUGCUAGUUGUCUCUCAGACACUUGCUGAAAUCAACGGAACUGAAGCACCGCCAUUAAAAGCUGAGCUUCAACAAUUAGGAGAGGACAAAUGUGACGCAUUAUUUCAAUCGUUCACGAAGUAUGGCAGUCAGUUUUGUAAUUGUAACAACGGUGAAAAUGGCAGAAACGGGCUGAAUGGAAAAGAUGGUGUAAUGGGCCCCGAGGGACCACCGGGACCUCCUGGACCUCAGGGAGAGAUGGGUUUACCAGGCAAACAAGGUCCAGCAGGUAUAGGUCCAGGCAGUACACUACGUCUUGGCGAGACAUAUGCUAUAUGUGAUAUGUAUACUGCGGGUACUAUCAGAUAUAACAGAACAUAUCGGGUCGUACAACUGUGCAAUGGGGAGCAAUGGCUGGCAGUAUCACUUGAGACGAUAGGACGAUUGAAACAUCGGCCUGGAAAAUCAUGCAGGGAUAUCUUAGAAACAGGCAACAGUCAUGGAAGUGAUUUAUACUGGAUAGAUCCUAAUGGCGGUUCACCAGAUGAUUCAUUUGAGGCAUUUUGUGACAUGGAGACGGACAAAGGUGGCUGGACACUCGUUGGCACAAAGAAAUCCUUGGGGGCGCGCCUAAUCUCCGACCGUUUCUACGAAAAAUCAGCGUCGACACUACACAGUGAUGCCCAGAGUCAUAUCCACCCAGACAUGAGCGACUGGCGUGAAGUUAUGUUCAGAUUUAGCGACGACAACAGCAUUCGGGUUAUUUACAACCGUGCAGGUGGAAGCCCUGGCCAAGGAAAGAUAAACUUUGAUAAGUUUUUGAUGGGUAAAUCGAUGGACAGUUCUGGACAACAAGUUGAUGGCUUUUACAAAUUCAGUCCGUCUGUAAAUAUGGGCAGACGAACACCUGCAGUAUUUUACUAUUCUAUUGAUAAUCUGGUCUUUCAAUCCUCGAACGGACUGUUGUCAGAAGGUUUUGGUCAGACAGACAAAUGGAUAAACAUCUGGAACAGCAAGGAUACGUCGAAUUUUUAUCUCUACGCUGACAAUAAUGAAUGUGCCGGGCAAAAAUGUAUUGCAGGGUACUGCGCCAUGAAUACACCAAUAUGGAUGAUGGUUCGCUGAGCUCGUUGUCAGCACAGACUAUAAACUUCUGAACUUUUUUCCUAAUAAUUCUUCUGAACCUAAUAAUCGACAUAGUUUUUAAUGCGUGAAAAUACAAUCAACACUCUAUAUAAUUUGCGAAAAUCUGUGUGAUUUUAAAUACAAUUGUUUGUUAUUAACGGCAUUG